GUGUGUGUUUCUGUGUUUCUGUAUAUACAUUUUAAAUGGAAACCAACCUAUUUUCUCAGAAUUACAGCUAAUUAGUAUUCCUGUAUAUAGGUCAUUGCAGCCAGAACCUCAGAGACAACAGGACAGGAUAGACUUGAAACUUCGUGGUCACAUCAUUUGCUACAGAAAUGGCUGAAGGCGAUGAAGAUGAAGGAAACAUGAAAGUUACAGUCAAGGAAUGUUUAAAGGGUAUGAUAAUAGUUGGUAUCGCAACAUUUAUUGGUAGAAUGUUACUAGGGCCCCCUGGUCUUGUUGUUGGUGGUGUAGUUGGGGGACUUGCCGCUUAUGGAAUGUCUUGUGAUUUUAAAUCUGCUCCACAAAUCCUUCGUAAACCGCCUAAAGAUAAAAAAUGAUUACUGUGCAACAAGAUGAAGGAUAUCUUACAACACGUUGGUAUAUCAGCUUCUCCACAGCUCUUGAGCUACAUUAAACCACAUCAACAUCUCUACAGAAAUAUUGUAAAGUGCUUGAAAUAAUUUUUAACAGAUGAACUUCAAAUGACUUUAAACAAUUAAUGUAUGAUUACUUACAAAAUCUAUUGGUAUAUCAAAAUAAUAUUUUGGAA